AUGCCACCUUCGACUAACCGUCGGACUCGGGCUCGGCGCGCCGGUUCUACGCCAGAUCAUGAAAUGCCAGAUUCUUCUCCAUCGCGACCGCGGAACAAGAGACGCAAGGUUCAGGAACCGCAAGAGAUCCAGGAAACCACCCCUCUCUUACAAACCGACCAUGUGAAUGCCGUUAUUGCAUCUUUAGCGAUGCCAGAUCCCAAUCCAAUGGUGGCUCUCCAAUACGCCAAUGAUGAGAACUUCCGCCAAAAUACUCAAGGAAUAACUGCGUACGCAAAAGUUGCUGGUGCUACGUGGACCUACUAUGUAAAGGAAUUGGUUAUCCGCAUUGGCCGUCCGCCAGAUGUUCGUGCCAUCGGUGCUGGCGCCGCUGGGUCACCUACACCCCCCCCUCAUGCGAAACCUGAUGAGGUUGUCCAUAUCGACUUGGGACCAAGCAAGUUGGUAUCAAGAAACCACGCUACAAUUAGCUAUGAUCAAAACGGAUAUAGCUGGCGAUUGCAAGUAAUUGGAAGGAAUGGACUUAAAGUGGAUGACGAGUGUUACAAAAAGGACUCGACGAUAGUACUCCGCAGUGGAAAUAUCAUCGAAAUUGGUGGUGUGCAGAUGAUGUUUGUUCUUCCGGACACUGCUAUCAAUAUCGCCCCAUCAGUUCUCCGUCGUUUAAAAGUGUUGCAAUUCCCCCUCGAGGACGAUCCAACACCCCUUCCAACACAGACAGGUGAAUCCUGUUAUGACACUUCAGCUUUAUCUUCUUCCCAAAAUGCUAGACCUUCAUCAUCCCAGCUGGUCUUGCCGUCAAUUUCGACUGAUCCAGUCUCGAUGCCUGAUGUUGCGGUCAAGCGGGAGAAUAUUCCAUCAUACCAUCGCGGCCUUGUUCUCGAGAGUACUGAAGAUGUCGAUUAUGCAAGUGACGCGAUGAAAGAUGUUAAGCCGCCCUUUAGUUAUGCUUUAAUGAUUGCACAAGCGAUCCUCUCAAGUGAGGGGGAACAAUUGACUUUGUCGAGUAUUUACCACCAUAUUCAGGAUAAGUAUGCAUUUUAUCGUCAUUCAAAUACGGGUUGGCAGAAUUCAAUUCGUCAUAAUCUAUCACUCAACAAAGCCUUUAGGAAAAUCCCUCGUCGUACCGAUGAGCCGGGCAAAGGGAUGAAAUGGGAGCUUCUCCCAGAACAUCGUGAUGAAUAUAUAAAGAAGCUCCAAAAACCACCUAAAGCUGGGCCUGGUCGCCAGAAUUCUGUUCCAAAUUCACCAUCCUCUCCUAAACCCAAUCUAAAUGUAAAGACCGCCUCGUCGCAAUUGCAGCAAUCAAUAGGGCAGCCGCCUGCCCAGAGUUCCUCCCAAGGAUUGAGACUUGAAGACUCCCAGGAUCUUAAUAUGAAGUACCCCACUAUCAAACGAUCUCCACGAUCUGUCACGCCUCCGCCCAUCACCUCAUAUCGUGUUGCACCACUUGAGGCGUAUACCCCCGAUCGUGGGUCCAGGCUGCCAACUCUUCCGGCUCUUCGCAGUCUUGAUAAGCCACUAGUUGACACCAAAGACUCACAUCAUGCCCGCCGUGCAAGUCUUAUACAGCCCGCAAACAUAAACGAGAUGAUUUCAUCAGUGCAAAACCAUCAUCAUCAUGAUUCACCAGUUCGCGGGGACAUCAAUUAUAUACCACCUUCUCCAUCACAAAACUCUCAAUAUGCCGAUGAUAAUCCAGCAGUGACCGCUAUGACUCCCGCACCUCAGAGGCAGCACCCACGUCUCGCACCGCCUUCUACUGGACAGCUUCCCAGUUCAUACCUGCCCACGAGCUCUCCGGCGCCGUUCUGGAAGUAUAUACAUUUCGGGUCGACGCCAGCUAAACCCAGCGACUAUAGUCCUCUGAAGGACCUGCACAGUUCCUCGCCGCCGCCUGCUGUUGGGCGGGAUGAUAAGGAGCAUCGUGUUAGGGAACUGGCAAGUCCGUUGAAGGAAAGGGGAAAAGGAUUCCGGCUGGGAGCUGGACCCCAGCUUGUACCUGAUUUGAGGGAAGAGGAUGAAGAUGAAGAUGGCAUGGGUGAUCUGCACGGCAUUGAUUUGACACGAGGUUUUGAAAAGAUUGGCAAAUUCCACAUGAACGGGCGAAUAGCCGAGAGUGAUUGGGGCGCAUAG